AUGUCUUUGAAUUUUGAGAUAAAGAAGAAGCAUGUGGCUCGCUCAGAAAGAGUUAAGAGUGUAGAGUUGCAUUCUGAAUAUACAUGGGUAUUAUCAGGAUUAUAUAGCGGAGUUAUAACAAUUCAAGAUUAUUCAAAUUAGGUAUAUGAAUUAUUUAAUUAGACUAUCGUAAAAUAAAUAGAUCAAAAGUAAAAUGAAGUUAAUAGAUAGGCAUUUGAAGCUCAUACUGAUUAUAUUAGAUGUGUGAUUGUGCAUCCAUCUUAGCCAUAUUUAAUAACUAGUUCAGAUGAUACGACAAUAAAAUUAUGGGACAUUGAUAAUAAUUUUACAUUGCUAAGAACAUUUGAGGAUCAUGUGAAUUAUGUGAUGAUGGUUGCAUAUAAUCCAAGAGAUCCUAACACAUUUGCAAGUGCAAGUAUGGAUAACACAGUAAAGGUGUGGACAAUCAGAAUAGCAAACCUAAUUUCACAUCUGAUAUCAGAUGGAGAUGAUAGAUCCAUUAAGAUAUGGGAUUGCCAAACCAAAUAAUGCAUACACACCUUAGAAGCACAUCAAUAAAACAUAUCAUCAGCUAAAUUCCACACAGAUUUACCACUCAUCAUUUCAUAGCUGCUGAAGACGGAGUCAUUAGAUUCUGGCAUUCAAAUACGAACAAAUUAGAAACAUCACUCAAUUAUAAUAUGGAAAGAGUUUGGAGUUCAGAUAUAGGAAAAGAUAAUACAUUAGCCUUUUCUUACGAUGAAGGAACAUUAACCAAUUGUAUCUAUGCAAUAAGGUAAAGUUGUCGAUGGGAAGAACUUUCAGUUCUUUACAAUCAAUCUCAAAGCCAUUAAUAAUACAUCAAAUGAUGGUUAGAUUAUAUAGACAAAUUCAAAAGAACUGGGAAUUAGUGACAUCUAUCCCUGCGGUGUCAGACACAGUCCAAAUGGUCAUUUAUUUGCAAUUUUUAGUGACUCUGAAUACACGAUAUAUAGUUCAUAGAACUUUAAGAAUUCAGGUUUCGGAUCUGGUACAGACUUAAUUUGGUCUUCAAAUGGGGAUUAUGCUGUUAGGAAAUAUUUUCUAUAAAACUAUUUAAGAACAACACUUUGA